AUGGCCAGAACCAAGCAAACCGCUCGCAAUUCCACCGGUGGCAAAGCCCCCAGGAAGCAGCUCGCCACUAAGGCUGCUCGCAAGAGCGCCCCGGCCACCGGCGGUGUGAAGAAGACUCACCGUUACAGGCCCGGCACCGUGGUUCUGAGAGAGAUCCGUCAUUACCAGAAGUCCACUGAACUGUUCAUCCGCAAGCUGCCCUUACAGUGCCUGGUGAGAGAAAUCGCCCAGGACUUCAAGACCGACCUGCGCUUCCAGAGCUCCGCCGUGAUGGACCUGCAGGAGGCUAGCGAGGCUUACCUGGUCGGCCUGUUCGAGGACACCAACCUGUGCGCCAUCCACGCCAAGCGGGUGACCAUCAUGCCCAAGGACAUCCAGCUGGCCCGCCGUAUUCGCGGAGAGCGCGCAUAAAUGAGGAUGACCUGAACUCGAAA